AUGGAAUCGGUGCACACAAUUGUUCCAUCUUGCCCUGAGCCCUGCCGUGCACUACUCUCAAGCGAAAAAAAGAACGUCGAACGCGGGAGACUUUCGAUAACACGACCGAAGCACAAUCGACAACAACCCCAUCGACCUUGCGCUCCGCUCACCAUGAAGUUCAUGAAAGUGGGCCGUGUGGCCAUCAUCACCCGUGGCCGUUACGCCGGUAAGAAGGUCGUCAUUGUCCAGCCUAACGACACUGGCUCCAAGGCGCACCCCUUCCCCUACGCCAUCGUCGCCGGUAUCGAGCGCUACCCCCUCAAGGUCACCCGCCGCAUGGGCAAGAAGAUGGUCGAGAAGCGCAGCCGCAUCAAGCCUUUCAUCAAGAUUGUCAACUACAACCACUUGAUGCCCACCCGUUACACUCUUGAGCUUGAGGGCCUCAAGGGUGCCAUCAGCCAGGAGACCUUCAAGGAAGUCUCCACACGCGAGGACGCCAAGAAAACCGUCAAGAAAGCCCUCGAGGACAGAUACACCAGCGGCAAGAACAGAUGGUUCUUUACUCCUCUGCGUUUCUAA